GAAGCGCUUACAUAAUGACACCCCCCAGGAACACUACGACCAUGGAGGGUGAGAGGGUGAGGCUGACUUGUCAUGCUGAGGGCUGGCCCAAUAACAUCACCUACAGGUGGUACAAAGAUGGCCGUGAUGUCCAACUAGUGGCUGGACUAAUGGCAAGAGCAGGGGUCUAUGCAGAUGGAAGACUAGUGAUCAGUUCUGUGGUGGCUGACGAUACAGGAUGGUAUAAAUGUCGUCCUAGCAAUGGACUAGGAAUUGCUCCAGAAGCCGAGGCCUUCCUCAAUGUCACAUUUUUACCAAAAGUGCUUCCGAUGCCAACACGAAUUUACCUCCCUCUUGGGAUGUCAGCCUCCAUUUCAUGUAAAACUAUCGCUAAUCCUCCUGUUACUCUGAUUGUGUGGACGAGAAAUGAACACGUCAUAGACUUCUCGUCAUCACCCAGAUACAGACUCUCCAAUGAUGGGACUUUAUCGAUAGAUCUAGUCACUAAAAAAGAUAGUGGGAGAUACACAUGUAUGCCAUAUAGCCCACUAGGGGCUGACAAAGGCUCACCUAUUAUACAAGCAGUAGUCAGAGAUCCACCACGAUUUAUAGUACGUCCAGAUCAAAUGUAUCAGCGUCAAAUCAACACAGCUCUUACAAUGCCGUGUAUGGCCACAGGGGACCCCCCUCCCACAGUCACCUGGCGAAAGGCUGAUGGAGCUUUCCCAUCCAGUAGUAAAACUCUCAAAGAUGGCGGAAAUCUCACGAUCGCCUACCUUACGAAGGAGGAUCAUGGUGUAUAUGAAUGCAUCGCUAGUAAUAUGGUCACUACUAUCAUCACAACAACUAUGCUCAUCAUUGAAUACACUACACCUCAUGCGCCACAUAAUCUGAGUGUUGUUACAUCGCAAUUCUCCGCCAGAGUGUCAUGGAUGCCUGCGUACGAUGGAGGUCAUCCCCAGCAUUACGUUUUAUGGUACAGGUAUGUGCAUGGAGAUCCUAGCGAUUGGAUGACGAUGCGAGUUCUCCCUGAUACUGCCACAUCAUUCACUGUCUACAGUCUCUAUCCCAAGUCACAGUACCAAUUCAUGGUACUAGCACGUAACUCCCUUGGAGAUGGCCUAUUCAGUCAAAUAAUAUCAGCAAAAACCAAAGGCUACAUCCCUAAAUUGGAGGUUCCAAGGCCAAGCCCACCUACCAAUCUGACCGUCCAUAAAGUCAAAGAUGGACUCCACAUCAAAUGGGUCCCACCACAGAACUCCUCUACUCAGGUCCUGUACUAUAGACUGGAGUACAGAGUGAGAGAGAAGGGAGCUACUUGGACGCAAGUCAAUACUCACGUAGGUAGCCAGAUGGCCUCAUUUCUCUGGACCAGUCCACCCAGUGGGAAGGAGCUGGAGUUCCAAGUGAUAUCAUUCAGUCGCUUAUCUUUUAGCGACCCUAGUGUAACUGCUGUAUUUACCACAGAACCUGAGUAUGGUCGUAUGACUAUGUCAACUACUGCCCUGUGGGCCCUGCUAGGUGCUUUAAUAUUCAUCAUUCUCCUCAUUGUGCUUAUAUGUGUCAUAUGUAAACUAUACAAGAGGCGCAAAAGGAAACAGAAAAAAUAUGGCGACAUUAAAUACUUAGGGCCAAAAUCUCUUGAUAACAGUAAUGGAAAAGCGGAAGGUGACCAAUCAUCAUACUAUGCCAGAGAUCCAGACUCUGGAGGCCGUUACGACAGUAUAGAUGGCAGCAGUACACAGCGGGUAUUCACAAUACAGGACGAACAGACAGACUGGAUGCAUGAUAAAGAUAAUGUAUUGCUAGCAGAGAAGUUAAACUUCACACGAAACAAGAAUAUUUUCAAUAGGAAUUUCCUACAAUACGAUACGGAAAAGUUGCGGAGAGGGAAACGAAAUCCUCAGUAUGAGGUUGCCAUGGAGUAUCAGCAUCCAGUGAGUGUAAUUCAGCGGAGUGCAGAUGGUAGAUUUGUCCUAGAUGACAGAAAUGUUCAGCCACAGUUUAUUGAACGAGGGUACAAUGUAAAUGAUGUCAUAACUGAGCCAGGAGUGCGCUUUCUGGACGUGAGGAGAGAAUAUGAUAACCAAAGUUAUCACCACUACGAGAAUAUUCCUGCUCAACAAGGAUUGGGUUUUUACAGUCACCAAGGGGUGAAUAAACCCCCUCAACCCAGAGUUAAUGGCCCCAUUUCCCAAGAUGAGCCCACCAUGCUUCAACGGUACCAUUCCCCAGGAGCUUCUGGCCGGGGACGCCAUGUAGCAUUUGACACUAGUAAUGGAUAUAGAAAUAACAAUUCACCCUUGGGGCCUAGACAUUAUAGACAGUCAGAGCCUCAUGGGAAGCAACCAUUAUUAGAUCUAACCCCUACUGGGCUACAUUCCAACUUAAACAGUGUCCCCUCAAGGAACAAUGAAACCUUGGAAAUCAGUGAAGCUCAGGGAGAUGAUAGUCAGAUAGUCCUCCUGCCACCCAGAAGUCUUCCCCGACAGAGUACAAUGAAGCCUGGCCUAGAUAGGAGUAUUAGGUCCAUGGACAGGACAUUUAUGACUAGUAGCCCGGACAUUGAGGCUAGUAAUCCAGGGAAUGCAACAAUGUUUGCGCCAGACAGUUUAAGCACUGUGUACCCAUCACAGUCAGGAUCCUCAUCAGAUCAAACCAGACUCUUGUUAUUGCAUAGUGAUGCGUCACAGCUGCCAUCAUCUAUAUCUGUGAACCCCUCUGAUUCCUCGCACCCCUCUCAAGGUAGUUCACAAUCCAGGUUAACUACACAGUCCUCUCACCCCUCUCAAUCUAGUUUGCAACCUAUGUUGCCUAACCAAUCCUCAAACCCCUCUCAGGUCAGUUCACAAUUCAGGUUACCAGCUCAAAUGUCACACCCCUUCCAAAGGAGAGCAUUACCCACAUUGCCACAUCAACCUCAAAAUUCACCGAAUCAUCAGCCAUUACAGUCUACGCAACAACACCAUCAAUAUCUGAGACAACAACAUGAAAUUUCUAAAAAGAAUAGUCUAAAUCAGAGUCUUUCUCCAUAUAUUAAACAGCGUAAUGCACUGGAGGGUCAUAAGGCCCACAACUACAGUGACUCUAGCUCUAGCACCAGUAGUCCACCCAGAGGGUACACAAGAGACAAGCUACAGAGGGUGGUGGAUAAGGUGCGAAGUGGCCCCAGGGUAUUACGCACGAGAGGGAUUUACAGACCUGGUCCCGAUACACCCCAGAGUGAUACAUUCUCCAAUUACCCCACCCCUAGUAGCGGGGGUCGGAUCACUGCUACAUCAGAUAAUACGCUUCAAGAUACAGUCCUUGAGGCAUCCUCCAAUAGGACAUACACCCCAAAUAUGUUUAUGGGUUCUAGUGAGGGUUUAAGGAGGAGACCUGGGGGUAGGUCACAUAGUGCAGAUAGGGCCUCCAGGGUCAGUGACUCCUACACACCCCACAUAAGGUCUAGCAGUGAGGGAAGGACCCAGAGAAAUGUCCCUAAAGAUUUAUAUGAUGGGGGUUAUAGCAUCAAAGGAAGGCCACCCUCAGGCCUAGAAAAACCCAGGAUCUCUCUUAUGUCGCUUUCAGGGUCAAGCGAGAGUGUUAAGAAUGGUGUAUUUAGUCCAGCAAGAACUGCCCCCAGAGGACAUUUGAGGCGUUCCAUUGACCAUUCACCUGAUAGUAGUGGACUUGGUAGUGCGUCAAACUCUCAGAGCACUUCCCAUAAUACAUCUGGCUCACGUAGCGGGUCCUCUCCAGGCCAGGUCACUGCAUCAUUGAGCUCUAGUCUCACCCCGCCUGACCCCAAUAUCAGUAUGGAGUCCUCCCCUUUCUCAUCUGAGCAAAGCCCACAUAAUCACCAUAGGGACAUAUCAGGUGAUGAAAACUAUGAGUUUGACCCUGUAAAUGCUCUUGAGUCUGAACUGAUCGAUGCAUUGCGAUCCUACCAAAGACACCCUGAUGCCGAUCGUGAAUUUGUACAAACAUUGGAACGUAGUGUACUUGAGAGUUCAUUCAAUGCCUCCCCACCCCCUCCUCCUGACCCCCAGGAGGCAGAAAGAUUUGCCAAAUUACGCGAGGAAUACCAAGAGUUUCGAAGGAGCCAACAGGCUCGUAGCAGACAAGAUUACAGAGUGCUGGAGAGUGACACAUUAUAGGUGUCAGAGGACAUGUUUUUGUAAAACGUCCCAUAAACACAGGGACUAUUUAGAUCCCAUCCAUCUAUGAGUUUGAUCCAGGUAUCAUUAGCUUAAUGGGGGACCUAACAAUGUAGUCACUCAUUUAUCUAUGAUUCUGCUCUCAUAUUUCUGGUACUAUGGGGUCUGAAUAGGACCACUGUACAUAGGAUAAUAAGAAAAUUAAAUUGACUUGCCUUUCAAUUUGGCAAUGUAUAUAUUUACCAUGUUCAUUGUUCCUAACCAGAAUGGAAUAUAUACUUUAUACAGUAAAACCUAGUGUUCCCAAUGUAAUUAGAUUUCUGACAUCUAAAAACUCAAUAAUUUUUGAGUUAAUACCAAUUUUAACUGGUCAGUAUCAGUAGAAGGUAACAGCUGUUAUCAUCUCUUUCAAAAUGGUGAAUGGUAAAUGUUGAUUUCGAUAAUAUAAGUUUUCAUCGAAUAAACCAAUUGCCUUGGAGAUUUGGCUUUAACAUUUUGACAACACCAAGCUUGCAAGACAAUCUGCAAGGUGAUAAAUUAAUGAGUUAGGAACUAUUUAUCAGAUUGCA